AUUAUUUAUUAAUGAAUUACAGCUACUUGAGUUUCCUCGGGAAAAACAUUUGCCAUAAAACGGAGAUUAAAGAAAAGUAUAAAAUGUAGACUGUUUUAAUCAAGAACACAUGUGACGUUCUUCUAUAUAUAAGAAGACUGAUAAACCGCUACGUUUUUAUUUAAUUCUUAAGACGUAGAAAGGAAAAGCGUGUAGACGUAUUUGUUCGGCGUAGAACCGAUAGUAAUUGACAUAACAACUUCAUCGAACAAAUCUGAUGUAACAUAUCGAAUUGUGCUUUUUUUUAUAAUCAGAUUCUAAGAACAAUGAUAUUUCUUUUCUGACUGCAAUGAGAUAACUACAAGAGAAGCCUUCGAUAAAUCAGUACCGUAUGUUGCUGGGCAUUACAGCAGAAUGAUCCGUAAAAUUAGAACAAAACAAUUUUUAGUUCUUUAAUCUUUAAACACACUAGAUUGUAACCCGAUUCGAAACGAAAAAUAGGAAUAAACUGCGUGAAGUGAGAGAUGUAUGUAAGUCGAAAACAGAAAACUUAAUUCGAAAAAUGAAAGACAUCGUCUUUCGAGUUUGAUGUUAAUUGUGUAAUUGCGCAUUCGCGCGUAGGAAAUCCAUAACGGAUGAAUAUGUAGAUUAGAUACAAAUGUUUAGAUUGCCAAUGUUGCAACACGAACGUUGAUUGUUGGUGUUUUUACACAGAUUAGGACUUUAGUCGUUUCGUAAAAUGUCCACCAAUGUCGAUUGAAAAAAAAUUACGAAAAGGAAAUAAAUAAAAAGAGAAAAUCAGAGGGGAUUCAUCAUACGAAAUGAAUUCCUAAAGAUUUCUUCAAUUUGUAUUGGCUUUCGAUUUGCAUACACGAUUGUCUUUUCAUUUAAAGUUCGGCGUGACAAGUAUCGCGACGCGCGCGCUUUUUGUGUGUGUGUGUGUGUGUGUGUGUGUGUGUGUGUGUAAUAAAAUUGAUUUUAAAUUGUAAUAGAUCUGGCGUAGCGUAUAUAAAUUUUAUAAAGUAGACUGGGACGAAUCAUUAUAUGGACAUGGAAAGGAAAGAGAUUACGUGCUCGAUAGAGAUGUUCUACUAUUUUUAUAUGAUUAUUUUAGGGACACGUUGAUUGUUUGUAACUUUUAAUUGCGUGCCGCGAGAAGAGCACGGCCGUUCAUACCGUACAUACAUAUAUACAUUUAUAUAUUGUAUAUCUGAUCCACCGAACUUCCAUGUACGUUUAAGUCGCAUUUUAUUUUAUUGGCAAUUUAUUGAAUCUUCUCCGGCGAAUAUACAAUUACACGUAGCGUUGUAUUACAUAACUGUUGCAAUCGACAGAAAUAAAAAUAACAGAUUAGAUAAUUAUGCUAAAUUGUUGCUUCAUUGCUUCGUUGACGAUAAAUCAGUACGAGUGUUUAUUUUGGCGCUUAUAUUUUACAGAAUAUCGAUAAGAUAUGAUAAAUCAUAACCUUCCGAAAUAGAUUCUGUUAAGUUAGGUUUGGUUUUCUCCUUUAAAACUGAAGAAUACCUAUACUUAUGAUUGUGAGUGUGAACACUUAGUAGAUAGGCAUACGGCUUGCGUGCGAAUAUAAAGAUAGCGAAAAACAUGUUCGGUGCACUCCAGCGCGAGCUAUCGUCCAGCAGCUGUCGUCGAUCACUCAAAGCCGUAAUUUCUCGUUCUCUUUACAACAACGAGAUCUCAGCAAAGAAGUUAAACUCAAAGAAUUUUUGGAUUCAAAAGGAUUUCUCUACGCAAGUAUACAAAAUGGUGAAGGCGAGAAAAUACAUAGUGGCGAAUUAUUUCGUGAAUGAGCCGAAGCCAACGGAUUUCAAAUUGGUGGAGGAGGAGCUGCCGCCAUUGCAGAAUGGAGAAUACCUCGUGGAAGCCGAGUAUUUAUCCGUGGAUCCGUACAUGAGAGCGUAUGUGCAAAGAUUGAAGCUCGGAAGCACCAUGAUCGGCGGUCAGGUCGCUAAAAUCAUAGAAUCGAAGAAUCCAGAUUUCCCGGUUGGCAAAAGAGUCAUGGGACACCUGGGCUGGAGAACUCACACGAUUGUUAAUCCGAAGAGUUUCAAAGAUGAGACGUUCCAAAAUAUACCGUACAUUGUGCCGGAUAUGGGCGAUUUGCCGUCGUCUCUCGCAAUAGGCGUUCUGGGAAUGCCAGGUAACACGGCGUAUUUUGGUUUAUUGGAAUUAUGCAAGCCGAAAGCUGGUGAGACGAUCGUCAUCAGCGGAGCAGCCGGCGCGGUAGGCUCGCACGUGGGUCAGAUAGCCAAGAAUCUGGGUCUGACUGUCAUCGGUAUAUGCGGCUCCGACGAGAAGUGCAAAUGGCUUACCGAGGAAAUUGGUUUCGAUCAUGUCAUCAAUUACAAGACCAUGUCGGUCGCGCAUAGUCUACGCAAAGCCGCUCCGCAAGGCAUCGAUUGCUAUUUCGACAAUGUCGGUGGAGAAAUUUCUAGCACGAUCAUAUAUCAGAUGAGACCAUUCGGCCGAGUAUCCUUGUGCGGUAGCAUCUCGAGUUAUAAUGCAGAUCCCUCAUCCUUGCCUAAAUGUACGCUUCUGCAACCCGCAGUGGUGUUCAAUCAGCUAAAGAUCGAAGGUUUCAUCGUUACACGCUGGCUGGAUCGCUGGCAGGAGGGGAUUGAAUAUAAUAGCCGUCUGAUACGCGAAGGCAAGCUUCAUUAUCGCGAGACUGUAACCAAGGGCUUCAAGAAUAUGUUCGAUGCAUUCGUUGGUAUGCUGAACGGCAAGAACUUUGGCAAGGCCAUUGUCCAGGUGUAGAUCAAGUUUAAUCGUGGAUUCAUCACAAAUAUUUUUGUUCGAUCAUAAUUCCACAACUGCAGUUACAAUGUCUCUCUUAAAAGAUUGGAAGAAUGAACAUUUAAUUUUA